GACAGUGAGGGCCGGGGGCUGAGGGACGGGCUGAGGGAGGGGCUGCGGAAUGAAGAGAGGGCUCGGUUCUGGGCGCGGAGACCGAAGACCGUGGUGUCCGUUUUCCCACGUGCAUCUCGUCAUUGGAUUGGGGCGGGUCACCAUCACAAACUCUUGAAUAAUACUCGUCUCCUAGUCUGUUUCCUCCGUUGUGAAAUCGCAGGACUUCCUUGUCUGCCUCGGGUCGUUGUGACUGGGAACUUGUUAGAAAUACAGGUUCUCUGCCCACACCCCAGACUUAUUGAAUCAGAAACUCAGGGGAUGAGGCCCCACCAUCUGUGUUUUAACAAGCCCUCCAGGUGAUUCUGAUGCUUGCUUAAAUUUCAGAACCACUGGGCUACCGUAAUGUAGCAAGCUGUACUGAGGGCCUUCUCAACCCAAGCUGAGAAAGUAAGAGAAAGAAAGGAGGGGAGUGGACUUGAGAGAAGUCUUGGAGACAGACUCAGUUGCUUGAGGAGGAGUCAGGGGUGAAAGAGUUUCUGGCUUGGGCCACGGGCCUGAGGUGGGACCUUAAGUGAUGGCUCCAGGUGUCAACCACGUGUGCCCUGCCUCCAGGCCUGCACUUUUCCGCGCAGUCACACUAGGGCUCUGUGGCCGUGCCUCCCAGCCGUUUUCAGGUCAUAGGCCACACAGGAAAUGAUAAUAUUUGUACAGUGCCCAGGGGAAAUGGAUGAAGCUGCUUGAGGUUGGAGGAGACCGGCUGGAGGAUUGAGACUGCUGGAAGCUGGAGGGAACCACCUGGGGGGAUUUGAGCUUCCCAGAGCUGAGGGAAAUUAGUAACCUGUUCUCAGCAUACUGCAGAAGAGCUUUGUCCCAUGGGAUUUGCUGAAGAUUAGGGGUGCUCACUAAAUUUGGCAACAUAAAUCAAGAACCUUGAAAGAGUUUAUACCCUUUGACUCAGUAAUUCCGUUCCUGAAGAUCUCUCCCAAAUAUAUAACAAAAGAAAAGAAAGCCUUCUGUUGUAGAUUACAUACAACAGAGAAAAUUAACAACUCUCUGGAGAAUCGUUUUUGAUCUAGUCGGUCAAUGAAAUGUUGUACUGCCCUUAGGAAUGUGUGAAUAUUUUGUAAAAUCAUAAAGAAACCUACGUGCUCAUUCAUUAGACAAUUGUCUAGUAAGCCCCUGCUCUGUGCUGAGUGGUGAGCGAGUUAGCUCCACAGAGCUGACUGCCUGGGGGAAGACCCAGCCGAAGGAGCAGUAACUCCAAAGAGUGAUUGGUGUUUGAUAGGGGAUCAGGGGCUGCUGCAGGAGAAGCUGGUCUUUGGGGUAUGGGGAGUGGGUCAGGAAAGGCAUCCUAGAAGACAAGGUGGCACUCCUAAGGCCUGGAGGAUGAGUAGAUGUUGGUACGCAAAGGGGAGAGGAACAUUCUACGCAAAGGGAACUGUGUUUUAAUAAUGAGUGUGCUGAAGCUGGAGCACAGAGAGGGCACUGGUGAGAGGAGGCCAGAGGGGACCAGUGGCUUGCUCACAUGGGGCCAUGUGCACUGUGAAGGUGAGAAGGUUAGACCUGAUUCUAAGGGUAACAGGAAGCUGUUGGAGGAUUUUAAGCAAGAAAAGCUGUUGCUGUAUGUGUCUUGGAAGUAUCCCCUGUGGCUACAGCGUGGAGAAUGGAUUGGAGGAAGAUGGGCCUGGAAUCUGGGAGCCCAAGUGAAGAGGCUGUUGCAAUAGCCCAGGUGAGAGAUGAUGGUGGCCUGGACCUGGGUGGAGGCUGUGGAGGUGGAGAGAAGGAACAGAAUCAAAAGCAAGUGAAGCAGUAGGAAUCACAGAGCCAGAGGGGUUGGUGAAGGUGGGGCACAGAGGGAGCUCAGAGUGGAUGAACCUGCGUUUCUGUUAUGGACAAAGGGUGGCUUGCACUACCAUUCAGAGUGACAGGCAGCACUGGACGGGGAGCAGGCUUAGGGGGAAGAUGCCAAGCUCCCUAUGGGGUGCUGAGUGUGAAGUACUCAUGCAGUGUGUUCUCUAGGAGGCAGUGGGAUGGGUAGAUGUGAAGCUUAAGAGGCACAACGUACAGAAUGGAGAUGUUGACUCGGAGCCAUGACCAUGUGGCCUGACCAGGGACUGUGUGCUGUGAGGGGGGAAGAGACAUUAAGGACAUUGAAGGCAUGGGUGGGGUGGGGGCUCGUGGGCAAAGACGGCUCGCAAAAGAGACAAGGGAUUGUCAGUAGCGGUUGUCUCUGGGCUGAGAGAUUAUAGUUGAUUUCCUUUCUUUUUUGUUUCUGUUUUUCUUAGCAAACUUAGAUUCAGUUCAUAGAAUAUACCAGAUACUGUUCUAAUAACUUCUUAUAACUCUUCUCUAAAUUCCCACAAUAAACCUAUAUGGUGGGUCCCUUCAUUUUACAGGUGAAGAAACUGAGCACAGAGGAGUUGAGUCACAUGUCCCAAGCUACACAGGGUGCAGUUAUUGGGAAGCUGGACUGGGAUCCAAGCUGCCUGAUUCCAGAGCCAAUGCUGUCACCAUGCAUUGGUGUCUCCACAGCGGAUCCUUAACCACUGUGCCACGAGGGAAGUCCCGUAAACAGGAAAAUAUUGAUUUUUUUUUUAAACGGCAGUAAAUGGUGAGAGAAGUACAAUAGUACUUUGAUCUGCAAGGAUAUUAGAAAAGAAAGGAUUUGCAUCCACAAGAUCGGUGGUGGUUGUAGAAGUUUGUUGGCGAGCAGCCUGCGUUGACUACUGCAGGGUGUUGGAUCACAGUUAACACCUACUUCUGCUCGGCUCGUUUUUCUUCAGGCGAAAGUGCCUCCUUGCGCUGGGCUGUGAUGGAAGGGCUGCUGACAAGAUGCAGAGCGCUGCCUGCCUUGGCCACCUGCAGUCACCAGCUCUCGGGGUACGUUCCCCACAGGUUUCACCACCGUGCCCCAGGGAGAGGGAAGCGCUUGGUGCUGUCCCGCAUGUUCCAGCCCCAGAACCUUCGGGAAGACCAGGUGCUCUCUCUAGAGGGCAGAUCUGGCGAGCUGACCUGUAAGAGCCAGCGGCUGAUGCUGCAGGUGGGCCUGAUUCACCCAGCAAGCUCCGGCUGUUACCACCUCCUGCCUUAUACUGUCCGUGCCAUGGAGAAGCUUGUGCGGGUGAUAGACCAGGAGAUGCAGGCCAUCGGGGGACAGAAGGUCAACAUGCCCAGCCUCAGCCCAGCAGAGCUCUGGCGAGCCACCAGCCGGUGGGACUCGAUGGGCAAGGAGCUGCUAAAACUUAGAGACAGACACGGCAAGGAGUACUGCUUAGGACCGACUCACGAGGAAGCCAUCACAGCCCUGAUUGCCUCCCAGCAGACACUGUCCUACAGGCAGCUCCCGCUCCUGCUGUACCAGGUGACGAGGAAGUUUCGGGAUGAGCCCAGGCCCCGCUUUGGUCUUCUCCGAGGCCGAGAGUUCUACAUGAAGGACAUGUACACCUUCGACUCCUCCCCUGAGGCCGCCCAGCAGACCUACAGCCUGGUGUGUGAUGCCUACAGCAGCCUGUUUGACAGGCUGGGGCUGCAGUGCGUCAAGGUGCAGGCGGACGUGGGCAGCAUCGGGGGCACGAUGUCUCACGAGUUCCAGCUGCCGGUGGACGUCGGAGAGGACCGGCUUGCAGUCUGUUCCGGCUGCGGCUUUUCGGCCAACAUGGAGACUCUGGACUUGUCACCAACAAACUGCCCUGCUUGCCAGGGGCCACUGACCAAAACCAAAGGCAUCGAGGUCGGGCACACGUUUUACCUGGGCACCAAGUACUCCUCCAUUUUCAGUGCCCAGUUCACCAAUGUCCACGGCAAGCCAUCCCUGGCUGAAAUGGGGUGCUAUGGCUUGGGUGUGACGCGGAUCUUGGCCGCUGUCAUUGAAGCUCUCGCUACAGAAGACUGCAUCCGCUGGCCCGGCCUCCUGGCCCCUUACCAAGUCUGCCUCAUUUCCCCCAAGAAGGGCAGUAAGGAGGAGGCGGGCGCAGAGCUCACGGGGCACCUGUAUGACCACAUCACAGAGGCAGUGCCGCAGCUCCGAGGGGAGGUCCUGCUGGAUGACAGGACCCAUCUGACCAUUGGAAACAGACUGAAAGACGCCAACAAGUUCGGCUACCCCUUUGUGAUCAUCGCGGGCAAGAGGGCCCUGGACGACCCUGCACAUUUUGAGGUUUGGUGCCAGAACACCGGAGAGGUGGUCUUCCUCACCAGAGAGGGAGUCCUGGAAUUACUGAGCCAAGUGCAGGUUGUCUAAACGCCCCCGGACCCCUCCCACUGCAUCUCACAGUCUCGGUGUUCAUUCUAACGCUGCCUUUCUUAUACUGCUUUCCAGAGCUGGUCUCCCCAGAAAGAGGGCAGCUCAUGGAAGGUGAGACCAUGUUAGGAAAACCAGUUGUUAUCCAGUCAUCUGUUCGGACUGUUUGUAUUUAAAGUCAUUAUCUUGAUCCCUUUGUCUGGUUGGCCCUGCUGCCACAUAUCAUUCCUUUUAUAUUCUAUUUGGAGGUAGUGGCUAGGAGGAGCCAAGUUGUCAUCUUGGCCCUCAGGAGAGUCACUUCCCUUCUCUCAGUGGAGUUUCCCAUGUGUCGGAUGGGGCCUCCCCAGUGGCCGAGGCCCUUCCAGCUCCAGCAGUCCAACCACGGGCCUCUUGCUGCAUUCGGUCCAGAGAGGCAGCCCGCCUAUCUUCCUCCAUUGAGAAGUUGGCCUGAUGGUCUGGGGAGAAGAAUCAGGACACCUGACUGCCACUGACUCACUGGAGACUUGGACACGACCCCUCCCCUGCUGGUGCCUCAGUUUCCCCAUCUGUGAUGUGAGAAAAUGGAACUAGAUCUGUAAGGUCCUUACAGCUGUGACUGGCUGGUUCGCCGAGAGGUUCAUGACAGGCAGAUCAGAUCUGAUCUGUUCCUCUGAUCCUCCAUCGUCUAAGCUACCCAGAAGGUAAAUACAAUUAGCUAAUUGCCCCCAAACCACCUCCAGAGACCUGGCCCUUCCUCUCGAGGUGGCUUAGCACUGAGAUCAUGUUACAUUGAUUGAAUAAAGUCAAACUAUUGGGAUGA